CUCCGAUUCCGGGCGACUCGGAACGACUCCGACAACUCCGACGACUUCGAACGACUCCGGACGACUCCGAUUCCGGGCGACUCCAAACGACUCCGGACGACUCCGGGCGACUCCAGACGACUCCGAACGACUCCGGACGACUCCGAACGACUCCGACUCCGGAUGACUCCGACUCCGGACGAUUCCGGACGACUCCGGGCCUUUUCAGACGAUUCCGAACGACUCCGGAUAUUGCAGCGCGGACCUACCUUCCGGAGUCGAUUCCGAAAUUGUCAGAGUCGGAUCGGAGUCGACUCCGGAUUUUUGCCAACUUUACCCAUCACUACUCCAAACAAUAAGAGUCAACCGAUGCCGCGGAAGUGACACAAUCGAAAUAACUGUUCUGAUAGGGUAGAGUGACCCGGAAGAGAUUCAAACAAAUCCGAGGAAAGGACAAGAAAUUCAAAAGAAAAUCUGGACGAUCUCUGUUUAGGUUCUGAGGGUAAAUGUGAGGUUUAUUAAACAAACACUGGUUCUCAUAUAAUGUAUAUAAUUAGCAUGUAUGAUACUGUGGAAACGUGCCCGUACACGUUGUUUUAAAAUGUAUUCGUGUCAAUGCUUGUAAAAUAUGUAAUUGCCGAUUUUUGAAAAUCUAUGCAUUGGUGUGUUUUUUUUUCUAUUUUCCGUGACCCUCUUGUUGCAUCGUAUUAUCGAUGAGCUCAGUAUCAGCGAUACGAUAUGUUACAAUUUUUAAAGAUCUUAUCAAAUCUACCCAUUGCUACCCCACCAAUAUGCUUUCGUAGUGUCUCUAGAAUUCAUCUAACUAAUCUCCGUUUCACAGACUCAUCUCGCGAUCGCUGUUAAAGCAACACACCAACCUAAACCCUUCCUAUUGGUGUUUUGAGCUUCGUCUCCCUCGCAAGCUUGAUAAGCGAAUCUACAAACGAUGCACAAACUAAUUUCCCUAUCAGUACCGGACUCCAGGUAGUGGUAAUGCUCUGACAUGCGCCACCACCCUGUCGAUUCUAAACCCCCUUUUUGGCGAUGACUCUCCGCAGCGCAACUGAUGAGGUGGUAAACCUAGCUCCUCCUUAUCUUAAAUGUACCUCCGUAAUAAAGCAAAACUGCGGGGCUAUGCUGCACCGAAAGAGUAAAGUAAACUUCCUCAAAUUGACGGCCCCGCGGACCUUUGGGAUGGGAUGUCUGCUUCCCGCCGGGUGUGUCGGGUUAAACUGCGAAAUCAGUGCUAUCGGAGACACCGACCGAGACGUCUUGUCCAUCAAUCUGAGUCAUCUCUGGGCGGAGGCACGGGUGUAGCUGUCGCGUGGAACAGUCUCCCGUCGACAUUGUCGAUGUGUGUGGACGAUAGCGCAACGAUAAGACAAACUAACUGGGUAGAUUGUGUCUCCGUACACCGGACCGAUGUACACAGGACCCGGGGUCGGGUGGGUUAGCCGUGGGGUGGCAAAAGACACAUUUUGGCACAAGCCGUGCUGCGCGUGGCUGUCAGAUCAGUUUCGCCUGUCGAAGGUGACGGACCUGGGUGGAAGGUCGUCCCCGGUUGGAGGGAGUGCUUUGGGAAGAAUCGUUGGGUAACUUGUGCUGAGGUUUUGGCGAUCGUUGCAAUCGUUUCCGUGCGUUGCAGGUGUAAUUCCACGUGCUCUCAUUUCCUGAACUUCUUCCAACGUUUUGUCGUAUUGCAAAUCGUGUGUGUGUGUGUGACGAGUGAGCAAAUCGAGCACGAGCGUCAUCAGUCUUGCGCAGUGUAGUAUAAUCCGGACUGUCUACCAGACGGGAAGUGCUGUUACACAUACGUCGAUUAGUGCCUCCGAUGUUGAAGCUUGGACCAAGUGGCUGAAAUUACGAUAAGGAAGAAGCUCUGUGCAAAAAAAAGGGAUUAAAGCAGGGUUGCCAAAAUGCAAAACGGCAGAAAUGUCAAAGCGUGAUUUGUGUUGCCAAACAGCGAAGUAGCCAUUGGAAGGCCGUCAGUGCGCGAGUGAAAGUGUGCAUCUGCGUUCCUCUAGAGGUGGUUCUCAGGAAUUCGCAAUUGCCGAUUGCUGAGCGGGAUAUCACCAUUAAAAUCCCUGUCGCUGUGGGCAGAGUAUAAUUGGUUAGUUGAUUCCUGCAUAACCUACAACGACAAUGGAAAACUGGAGAUGUAAGCAGUGUUGCAAUUUCCCGAAUGGGGAGGUGUACCAGUGUGCUGCCAAGGAUCACUUUUACUGCGCCGCUUGCAAGGAGUCAAAGAACAGGACGCUAUGUACGUGUGGAGCGAAGCUGAAGGAUGGCAAGGUACCGAACCCGAUCGAGAAGCUGCUGCACCAAGCGAUGUGUCCGUGUCGGUACGCACCGAACGGAUGUACCUGGAAGUUUGUACAGAGCGAGAUGGACGCGCACUUGGUCGAGUGUCGCUUUCGGCCGUACCGAUGUGUGGCUGCUUCGUUGAACGUGAUCAAAUGCAACUGGCAAGGUUUGCAGCACGAGAUCGAGGACCAUCUAGCGAAGGGCCACAAAGAGCUGGGCGAGGUGUUCCGGUUCCGCGAGAGCACCUCGCUCGUGUUCAAGGAGCAGAUCUCGCUCGGCGGUCUCAAGCUGGUCGAUGCGUUCAGCAAGCGCUUCCUGUUCUACUUCUUCUCGGACGUCGCCCACAAGAAGCUCUCCUUUCUGAUGCUUUACUUCGGGCGGCGCGAGGAGGCGGCCCAGUACUGCUACGAGCUGGAGAUUAGCGGCCGACCGUUUGCGCCACCCGCCAAUGGGACGGACAAAGAGGCCACCACCAUCCCGCCGGUGGUCGAGGAUGAUGCACCCGACGCGAGCGUCUUCUCCCGCACCGUCAAGUUUGUGGAGCGUUGCAACUCCGAUUCGGAAAAUCUCGCCGAACUGCUGGACGAGGAACGGUGCGUGUCGCUUUCCCACCGGCAGGUGAAAAACUACCUGCACGAGGGCAAGCUUCACAUGCGGUACCGAGUGCGCAAGGUUGAUGGAGGUGGCCGGGAGAAGAAACUCUCCGGCACGGUCGUGCCGGCCGGGGAAGAUCCACCCCUCGGAAGUGCGGCUCCGGUGAAACCCAAGCCAAGGCCACCACCGUUCGUGUUUGCCAAGAAGGGAACGCUUGCCGGUCCGGGCAAGCGUUCCAGUUCCAGCUCGAGCUCCAGCUCCAACACGAGCUCCUCUUCCAGCUCCAAAUCGGAAUCGUCUACCGGGUCAGGCAAAACGGUGCAAAGCACGGCGUCCGUUGCCUCCCGUUCGCCAUCGACCGCCUCUACCAUUACGAUAAGCUCGGAGCGCAACAGUGGCGACUCGGGGCAGCUUGCAGCAGCAGGCGCAAUGGAUAGCCGCCACUCGCUGUCGUCCAUUAAUCGCCUGACGACUCCACUGACGCCGUUCGAAAAGCCGGAACAGUGUCCGCUGAUGACGCCUUCCAUCAACAAGCACGAUGUGCCACCCUCGUGGAGCGUUUCGCAAACCACGACGAGCAGCUUCGCCUACCACACCAGCACCGAGUACCAUCGGCAGGUGUACGGGCACGAGCCGUACCGCAUCUCGCGCCAUUAUCCACCGUCCGAGUGUACGACCACGGCGGCCGUCUGUCAGAAGUACACGCAGCCGUACAAGGUGAAGGACGAUCGGCCGUACCUGCUGAAGCAGCCGACGAACUGUCUGUUCAAACCGCAACCCAAGUGGUGUGGCGGAGCUAGUGCCGGUGUAGGUCACGGAAAGGGUGGAUGGAGUGCGUAACCGCCCUAGCUGUGGUCGAAUUUUCAGCUUCCCACACUAAUAAACUACUCAUUUCUCAAUA